GCUGGACGAGACAGAGGGAAAUUAGUCGGCGCAGCUGGAGCGAGCGUGAGGGCACAGCAGUUAAAUGAUGUAUUGCCUCUCCGUUACGAGCAAGUGGCACGAGGCUGCCACUGGAGCCUAACGAAGCGACCCUGGACACUACCUGAAAUAGCAACUUCGGCACCCGGCUAGCCGCUGCCAGCGCCAGAUGUUUGCAGCAAGUCGUCGAAAGACUUUUGCUCAGUGUCAACCAGAAAAAAGUGGCCAGACUUCCAUGAUACGGGAGGGGCAAAGAGGGACCCGUCAUCGGCCAGCCCGUCCUGGAUGUAACCUCGCUUGCCCUCACGUGUACAUACACGCUGUACCAAUACCCCUCAUUCACUCACUCAACAUCACCAGCAUGCCAGAGGCGCGCACAUUGAAUUUAAGUUUUUUUUUUUUUUUUUUUUUUUUUUCCUCUGGUUGUAGGCUGAGCUACACGAACCUCCAGAAAAAGAAAAAGAGUCCCAACACCUUUGAGCCUUCCUUCGCCUGGAUGAACACACAUUAAAGGGAAAGAAGAAAAGAGAAACCUUUUCGCUCUCCGCCAAAUUAUCCUUUCUCUGCCCUGUCUGUUUCCCGCGUGCCAUCAAU